AUCCAUAUCAAUUUAAUUUCACCGUUACCGCUGCAACUCCCUCAACAGCCCCCUGUUGCGCCCCACCAUUCAUUGUCCGACAUCUCUGUCGAACGUUUACCCGCUUCCGCCUCCUCAUCUCAGGGUCCUCCUCACCUUCAUCAAUUUCUCUCUCCUUACACAAAAUAUCAAUCGCCGUCUUUCAUCAUGCCCACCACUCUAAAAGAAUUCGAGAGCGUCUUCCCCAAGCUGCUGGAAGUGCUCAGUGAGCACGCGCAGCAAUACAAGCUGCCCACCAACGCACUGGAAUGGUAUCAAAAGUCUUUGCAACACAACACCGUCGGCGGCAAAUGCAAUCGUGGCAUGUCCGUUGUCGACAGCAGCGAGGUUCUCCUCGGCCGGCCCCUCACUGAAAAGGAAUACUUCCAGUCCGCUACUCUCGGAUGGUGCACCGAGUUGCUCCAAGCCUUCUUCCUCGUAUCUGACGACAUCAUGGACGAGUCGAAGACCCGUCGCGGCGCGCCCUGCUGGUAUUUGAUGCCCGAGGUCGGCAUGGUUGCUAUCAACGACGCAUUCAUGCUCGAGUCGUCCAUCUUUGUGCUUCUGAAGAAAUUCUUCCGCUCUGAGCCUAGCUACCUGGAUCUGAUUGAGCUCUUCCACGAAGUCACCUACCAGACCGAACUCGGACAGCAAUGCGACUUGCUCACCGCUCCCGAGGACAAGGUUGACCUGGACAACUUCUCCAUGGAGAAGUACCUCUUCAUCAUCACAUUCAAGACUGCCUACUAUAGCUUUUACCUCCCUGUCGCCUUGUCGCUGCACUUGCUGGGCCUCGCGACGCCGAAGAAUCUCAAGCAAGCGCAGGAUAUCUUGAUCCCCUUGGGCCAGUACUUCCAAAUUCAAGACGACUACCUGGACAACUACGGCGCCCCCGAGACGAUUGGCAAGAUUGGCACGGAUAUCAUGGACAACAAGUGCUCGUGGCUGAUCAACCAGGCGCUGCAGCGCGCAAGCAAGGACCAGCGCGAGGUACUCAACCAGCACUACGGUCGCAAGGACAAGGCCAGUGAGGCAAUUGUCAAGGAGGUCUUCAACGAGCUCAAGCUCGACGAAGUUUACCGGGCCACCGAGGAGGAGGAAGUGAGCAAGAUCCGCAAGAUGGUUGCCGAGUUAGACGAGACCGACGGUCUCAAGAAGGGCGUUUUUGAGAGUUUCUUGGGCAAGAUUUACAAGCGCAGCCACUAAACGAUACCCGUAAUGGUUAAGUGAGGAUCGAAAUGAGGUGCAUGUGGGGGUUAUGGCCGCGUAUGGGUUAUGAGCACAGGGGGGAUGGGCUUCGUGGCGUGGGAAAAGUGGAUUUCUUUGAUGCAGUUUUCUCAUAUUUUGCAAGCGCUUUAAGCGACUGCGGCUUUGAUAAGACCAAAACAAUUAGAUGAUAGACUAUGUUUGCUCCGUUAAUACUAUCACGUAAUACGCCGAAA